AUGGCGAAGACUCCUCGCCAGUUACCAGCUGGCAAAUUACAACCUCUGCCCAUUCCCCAGAGACCAUGGUCACAUCUAGGCGUCGACUUCGUCACAGACCUGCCUCCAUCACAUGGGUUCACCUGCAUUUUCAUUAUAGUAGAUCGUUUUUCAAAAUCCUGUAAACUCAUCCCUUUAAACCGUAUUCCCACAGCUGCCGACUCUGCCUCCGCCCUGUUUGACCAUGUCUUCCGCCAUUUCGGUCUACCAGAGGACGUGGUCUCGGACCGUGGACCACAGUUCAUUUCCCGGUUCUGGAGAGCCUUUUUCUCGCGCCUAGGUGUGACCGUGAGCCUGACGUCUGGUUACCAUCCACAGACCAAUGGGCAGACUGAGAGGAAAGUGCAAGAGGUCAGCCGGUAUCUACGAACCUUCUGCCACAACCAUCAGCACAGCUGGAGCCAGUUUCUCCCUUGGGCCGAGUACGCACAGAAUUCCCUCCGUCAGGCCUCUACGGGGCUCACCCCUUUCCAGUGCGUACUCGGUUACCAACCACCACUGUUUCCCUGGACGUGCGAACCUUCCACAGUCCCCGCUGUUAACCACUGGUACCAGCAGAGUGAGAGGGUCUGGAACGAGGCACAUCACCACCUGCAGAGGGCAGUCCGACGCCACCAACGCCAGGCUGAUGUCCGACGGGGACCUAACCCCGCCUUCUCCGUCGGGCAGAAAGUUUGGCUCUCCACCAGGGACAAGCCUGGCGUGAACGAACCCCCCCUGCCGCUCCUGCUGGAAGAGGGUCCCGUCUACGCCAUAAGGGAGAUUCUGGCGUCACGACGUCAUCGAGGCCGCCUUGAAUACCUCAUCGAUUGGGAGGGCUACGGUCCUGAGGAGAGAGCCUGGGUCCUUCGUGACGACAUCUUGGACCCGGCCCUCCUCGAGGUCUUCCAUCGAGACCACCCGCACCUCCCAGCACCCCGAGGUCGUGCUUUGGUAACUACAAAUGGAUCAGUCAUGCAUGUUUUGUCCCCUGAGAAUUGUCCCAUUGACAUUUUAGACAAUGAAAGGACCAUCAAUGAUUUCAUAAACGAUAAAAUAGAGCUUGGUUCAGUGGAGAAUGAAGAGCCAUUCUAUGUGGCAGAUCUAGAUAGUAUAUUUAAGAGACACCUCAAAUGGCUUUCUAACUUACCUCGAGUCAAGCCUUUCUAUGCAGUGAAGUGCAACAACACAGAAGCAGUUUUGAGGAUGAUGAGUGCUCUGGAUACAGGUUUUGACUGCGCUAGCAAGGGUGAGAUCCAGAUGGCCCUGUCCCUCGGAGUGACACCUGAUAAAAUCAUUUAUGCGCAUACAACCAAACCACUGUCACACAUCAAAUAUGCCUGUACUCAUGGAGUAGAUAUGAUGACUUUUGAUAGUGAGGAUGAACUCAUAAAGAUUUCUCUUUGUCACGCCAAAGCCAAACUGGUGCUCCGCAUUGCAGUGGAUGACUCCGAAUCGAUGGUAAGACUCAGUUCAAAGUUUGGAGCCAGACUGGUGUCAGUUGGUAAGCUGCUGGAACGUGCUGGAGAGCUGGGCUUGGAGGUCAUUGGGGUCAGCUUUCACGUAGGCAGCGGAUGCACUGGAAGUUUGAUGUUCAAGAAAGCCAUAGCAGAUGCGCGGCAUGUCUUUGACGCAGCGAAUGUGUUGGGCUUUCAAAUGAGUCUCUUGGAUAUUGGUGGAGGGUUCUCUGGGAGAGAGGACUUUCAAGUGAAAUUUGAAGAGUUUUCAGAAGUCAUUAAUGGAGCACUGGAUGAAUUAUUCCCGCCUGACAGUGGGGUGCAGAUUAUUGCAGAACCCGGCCGAUACUACGUAGAGUCAGCCUUUACGCUGGCAGCGAACAUCAUCGCCAAAAGAGUCAUCUUAAAUGAAGUGGAUGAACAUAGCGAGGACGAGGAAAACCGCCCUGACAGAAUGAUGAUGUACUACCUCAAUGAUGGAGUGUAUGGCUCCCUGAGUUGCCUUAUCAAUGAUGCUGCCCACACCACAGUUGAACCAUACCUUAACAGGGCUGUUGAGAGCAGCGAGCAGAGAUACCAGUCUGUAAUCUGGGGUCCAACCUGCGACAGCAUUGACAAAGUUACCGACAGCUGCUGGGUUCCUGAGCUGCAUGUGGGGGACUGGCUUCUCAUCGACAACAUGGGUGCUUACUCUGUUAGUAUAUCAACUGACUUCAAUGGCUUUGAAAGAGCACACAUUUACCCUGUUGUGACAGCUGAGACAUGGCACUUCUUAAACCUUUCUCACACUUACAACAUCUAUUAA